ACCAGCUCCCACCGGCGCUUUCUCAUGACGUCAAAACUCCGCGACAAGCUAACAAGCUAACUGAGUGACGGCUACGACUUCUAGAAGGUACGGGGCUAACGUCAACUAAACGUUAGCGGGCUAAUCUUUGCCUGAAGUACAGAGACAUCUGGGUCUCUCUCCCUCAGUUAACACAGAGAGAUCUGAUCCUCCGUCACCAUGACAGACAACAAGCGUCUCGCCUUCUCCAUCAUCCAGUUCCUCCACGAUCAGCUGCAGUCAGGGAACCUGACCUCAAGCGCUCAGGAGAGUCUGGAAGUUGCUGUUCAGUGUUUGGAGACAGCGUUUGAAGUUUCCACUGACGACCAGAGCCUCGCCGUACCCAUGACGUUACCAGAGAUCUUCGCCUCAGCUACAUCAAAGGUAGACUCUGAGGAACAGCUUCCAGAAGAGUCUCAGGUCAACAACAACUCCACCCAGAACACCCUCUCAGAGGAACAGAGAGCUGAGGCUGAGACGCUCAAAACUGAAGGAAAUGACCAAAUGAAAGUGGAAAACUUUGGAGCUGCUGUUGAGUUUUACUCCAAGGCCAUCGCCAUCAACCCUCAAAAUGCCGUCUACUACUGCAACAGGGCUGCAGCGUACAGCAAACUGGGGAACUACGCUGGAGCAGUGCAGGACUGUGAACAAGCCAUCAGCAUCGACCCAAACUACAGCAAAGCCUACGGGAGGAUGGGUUUGGCUCUGGCCAGCCUGAACAAACACACAGAAGCAGCCACUUACUAUAAGAAAGCUCUGGAGCUGGACCCCGACAACGACACGUACAAAACCAACCUGAAGAUCGCAGAGGAGAAGAUGGAGACGUCCAGUCCAACGGCAGGGAUGGGGGGAGUCGACUUGGCUGGUUUGCUCAGUAACCCCGGCUUCAUGAACAUGGCGUCAUCUCUAAUGAACAACCCUCAGGUUCAGCAGCUGAUGUCAGGGAUGAUGUCAGGAGCGUACGGCGGGAUGGGAGCAGGAGGAGGAGGACUAGGAGGUGGACUAGGAGGAGGACUAGGAGGAGGACUAGGAGGAGGACUUGGAGGAGGACUUGGAGCUGGACUAGGAGGACUAGGAGGGGGGCUAGGAGGAGGAGGAGUAGGAGGAGGUGGAGGAGGAGGAGGAGUAGGUGCAGGAGGAGCAGGUGCAGGAGGAGCAGGUGCAGGUGCAGGUGCAGGUGCAGCCUCAGCAGCAGCAGCAGCAGCAGCCCCCGGAGCUGCUGGUGCCCCUGGAGGAGGAGAUUUAUCAGGACUGAUCCAGGCAGGUCAGCAGUUCGCUCAGCAGAUGCAACAGCAGAAUCCUGAACUCAUCGAACAGCUGAGGAGUCAAAUCCGCAACCGAACGCCCAGCGCUGGGAACGAGGAGCAGCCAUGACACCUAGAAAAUACAGUUUGUCAGGGAGUGUGUGUGUGUGUGGAGGAGAACAGCUGAUUUGGAUCAUAUAUAACUUGAAGGACUCAAAGGAAGUUUUUGUUUUUCGUUCCAUCACUGAAUAUUUUCCUGCACGAGAGAACAAAACACUGCGUGCAACUUUCAGGAGCCACGUCACCAAAAACAACAACAAACAGCCACUUCCUGAAGCUCUGUGUGGUUUUUAGGAAGAAGAUUUUAAAGUAACACUGUAAUAUCAAACAUGUAAAACCUAACAAAGAUCUCGCUCUGAUAGAAACAUGGACUCGAGAUGUUAAACCGUUUAAAACUGAAGCUUGAAAUAUCUUCUUAAAACUACACAGUGUAACUUUACAUGUUUGUCCUGAACCUGGAUGAUAUCUGAGGAGUGUGUGUGUAUGGGAGUGUGAGAGUGCGUGUGUGCAUGACAGAGUGUGUAUCCUUGUAAGUUUAGAGAGAGAGAGCUGUUCACAGUCUUGGAAUUAAAAGAGCAUCUCAACAUUUUA